UAGAACAGAAUUCGAGUGAGAAUUUUGAUGACAAAAAACCUCUUUUAUCAGAUGAGGUAAUAGAACAAAGUUAUGGCUUUUUGUCUUAUAUAAAAAAUAGAUUGGAGCAAAAGCUUGAAGAAAAGUUGGAAAAUUCAUUGUUGAAGGAAUUAUUAACUAAAGUAAGAAAACAGGCUAAACUUUCUAAAGGUUUUUCUACAUAUUAUAGUAAAGAACCUGGAGAAGUAGAGAUAGUUUUUAGACCUCUGAGCCAAGAUAGCCAAAAUUUGAUCCCAAAUCUGGUCCAGCUUACCAAAAUUCAUAUAACAGGCCAGAAACAAAGCAGUUUAACUGCUAUUUUUGUGGUGGUGCCAGUUAUACAGCAGCAGUAUAUCCAUUAA